CCGCCCCUCUCGCCCCCGCGCGCCGCCGCCGCCGCCAGCGCCCGCCCGCCGUCGCCGGAGCUAAAUCUCUCGACGCCGCCAUGGGGCGUAUGCACAGCCGCGGGAAGGGUAUCUCGUCGUCGGCGCUGCCGUACAAGAGGACUCCACCAAGCUGGCUCAAGACCGCCGCCUCCGAUGUGGAGGAGAUGAUCAUGAAAGCCGCGAAGAAGGGGCAGAUGCCGUCGCAGAUCGGCGUGGUGCUCCGUGACCAGCACGGUAUCCCCCUCGUCAAGAGCGUCACCGGCAGCAAGAUUCUCCGCAUCCUCAAGGCCCAUGGCCUUGCCCCGGAGAUCCCGGAAGACCUCUACUUCCUGAUCAAGAAGGCUGUAGCUAUUAGAAAGCACUUGGAGAGGAACAGGAAGGACAAGGACUCCAAGUUCAGGCUUAUCCUUGUUGAGAGCAGGAUCCACCGCCUUGCCCGCUACUACAAGCGCACAAAGAAGCUCCCGCCCACCUGGAAGUAUGAGUCGACCACGGCCAGUACUCUGGUGGCCUAAGAGAACUUUUCCUAUGGCGUGCACUUAGCUGUUUCGAUAUGGACUUUGUUCUAGAAAUCAAUUUAUGUACUGCUUUGAGUCUGGAACGAGUUAGACGUGGGCAAGAAACUGCAAGUUUUUUCUAUGUUUACUCGAGGAUCCUAUAAACCAUUUUUGGUUUCACAAUUCUGUGUUAAACAAGCAUCGGUAUUUUGUUAUUUACAAUUAGCUGUUACCUUACCUAAUUGUUCGGCUCCAUCCGUUUGCAUCC